AUGCGCGAUCACAAGGGCAAAGCGCACUCCCUCCGAGGGGCCAUAGUCGGGCUUUUCAAGCGGUCCCCUAUCAGAAAGAAGCAAGAGAACAAAAGCAUUGCAACUACCCAAGCCGUUCGCCCGUACUCGCCCGAUCGUCUAGACUCCGAAGAGGAUAUCCCGCAGGCUGAUUGCCAUGAUCAACUACCCUACCCCGAAGACGACGACCCGCAGGCUGACGCUCCGAGAGGGAGGCCCAACUCUUGGACGCCUUCCCGAGGACGGGCACAGACACCACAUCCGCGUGCGUCUGAGUCGCGGAACAGAAACAAGAAGGCAGUCCGAUGGGCAGAUCCGUUAGAGCAGCCGACCCCAGAGAAGGAAGAGCCGGCGACCCUGGAGAGAGAGCAAACCGCGGAAAGAAAAAGGGAUCUUGAAAUGGAGGAACAAAAACAAGCCACAGAUGAGAAAGAGGAAGAGAUGACCGCAAAGGAACAUCGGCCUUGCGAGCUGCGCCAAUCCAUACGCUCAAGCAUUCCCCGACCAAAGGCCAAGAUUGCGCAGACGGACGACUCGAAGCCGCACCAUUCCCGAUCGCCUUCCAAGGCUGCCAUUGCCUCGAAAGCUUCGGGAAUUCCAACCCGACAGGCUCCCCAACGUCCGCCGAGCCCAUUGGUACCCCAAGAUGCUCCAGCGCCGUUGCGCAUUCCCCGGGCCAAGGACUCCCUCCGCCUCCCCAAAACCAAAACCAUACCCUCAUCAGUACCCAAUGACAAGGAUCAAGCCAAAGACAAACCCUUCACGGCCAAUUCCUCGCGAAAAAGAGAGCCCUCAAAGCUGAAGUCCGAGAACAAUCCUCAGCCAAACCUCGGCAACUCAUCACAACCGUCACGUAGCUUUUCAUUCCAAAGCCAGCCGGAGGUCAUCACAACGGGCUCCCGUGGCUCUCGUCAGCACCGUCAGUCCAGCAUCACCGAGGAAAAGCCCUUGCCACCCCCGACCACGUCAUUCUUGAAGGGCAAACCGAGACGCUUUACGUCCUCCUUCCCCCCCAAGUCCACGCCAGCUUCGUCUGACGGCAAUUCGGCUUCCGCCAAGGCAUUGAUUCCCUCUUCCGUCACAACCACCUCUAUUCCCCUCAGGAAAGAGCCUGGUCCUUCUGGGUCCAGAUUGGCUUCCACCAGGUCGUCUAUUCCAUCUUCCGUCUCGUCCCCUACUUUCCAAAGCGCCAAAGGAUUUUGGAACAAAAUCGACAGCGGUAGCAGCGGCAAUGCCAAUUGUGGUACUCGCAUUCCAGUGUCUGACUCCAAGCUUGAUGUGACCUCCUCCAACGGCACUACUGCUUCCAGGGCGUCCCAAGUCCCAAAAGCAUCAUUCAAUACCGCCAAAAGCUUCUGGACUGAGAUGAGUGACAAUAGUAGUUGUGUAGCUGUUGUUGGUACAAACUCGCGUUCAUCCGAUCGCGACCUGGACAUCAGCGACCUCUUGUCCAGCAGUCCUUUCAUCUCCACCCCGGCCUCCAACCCUUCUUCCUCCCAUCUCGGCCGUUCAUCCCAACUCACCUCCGGCUCCGGCUCCUCGUCCUACAAGACGGCAGAGUCCCACCUGAGCAACAGCAAGGCGAACAGCAGCACUUGCACAGCCAGCUCCGCGUUCAUAAGCACUGGCUCCUCCCUACAAAACAACUACACCCCGUCCAUCCAGUCCCAACUCUGGGAUGACCUCAUGAAGUUCUGCACUUCAGAGACUUCCACGGCCCAGGGCGAGCAGUAUUGUGGCUGUGAUGGCUGUGUGUGGACGGCAGGAAGCGAAGUUGAUCGGUGCAGCGCCGUGGCCUGUGUCGACAGUGGGAAGUGCAAGAAGAAGUAG